AUGGAUUCCCAGGGCAAUGAAGCCAAGACUGAUGGCGGUACGGGUCCGUUGUUUCAAGCCAACAUUGCCAAAAUGGGGACACCUAAAAAAUGGAAAAAAGGCAAAGUCAUUGACCAGAAAUUUACGUUUACAUUGGAUUACCUACGCGACCCAAAACCAGACGAAGAUUUAGGGGUAGAAGCAGUUUAUGCGUUGACCGAAGGAAUGGAUGCUAUGAUGGAAGAUAUGGAGAUUGACCUAAAGAACUAUGACCUGGCACUUCAAAUUGGAAGCAAGGAACAUUUCAAAGAGUCCAGCAAUACCGGUGAAACAUGGUAUAUCCCUGCCGAUGAUUACUUUCACCGUUUGCAAAUGACGCAGUCGAUGUUAGGCCAUAUUGCGAGGGUCUUGAAUUCGGGGGAAUUUAUUUCGUCCGACAGAGGCUUUUCAGCCUCCAUGACUCUUUUACGUCGUGACGUGAAAGGAGGAAAACGAUCAGGAUACAAACCCGGUGAGCGUAUUUGGGAAGAAGUGGUCAAAGAAUUACGCUGUGUCCAUGAAAUCAAAAACAAGGAUGAAUUGUGCUGUGGCCGUGCUAUAGUCGUCAUGCGAGAACAUGCCAAGAAAAAAGCAGGUGAAAAGAACUGUUACGAAAAUAUUCGCCAAGAUCGAGGCAAGAACAGCCAGCAACUGAAAGAAGCCAAACAGUUAUACACAGCGGCAGGUGUUCCAGAAGGAUCAUGUGGGUACGAAGAAAUUCAAAAAUUUCAAGACUAUUUGGGUCCUAUGGGUUACCAGCUGAUUGUCGUUGACCCAGUACGUGGUGGUGUCAUAUUUACUGGAGAACAAUACAAGUUUGCGCCUAAAGUGAUUCAGAUUGUAAAAACCUAUUAUGAGGACAGUGAUGGAGAAACCAAAGCCCAUUACGAUGGCGUGUACAGUAUUGCAGCUGUGAUGAACCGUAGCAAGUUUUGUCGUUAUUGUUGCAAGGGUUACAAUACAGAAGACGCAAAGCACCAUAAUUGUUUGCAUGCCAAUUGCCCUAGCUGUAUGCGUCGUAGGAACAAGACAUCAAAGGGGUGUCCUGACUACACCGGUUGGAGUAAACCAACCAUCACCUGUCGCAAAUGUUGCAGAUCAUUUUAUGGGGAAGAUUGCUACCGGGACCAUUUGGUUCAAAAAAACAAACAAGAAGAAAGCAAGAUGGAAAAAGACUUAAUAAAAGAAGUAGCGUUGGAUAAUGAUCUGACGAUUCCACCCCAGAAACCGUUGAAAAGUGUUUGCGAGAUGCAUCGUAAAUGUAACACCUGUUUGGUUUCUUACAAAGUGAAAGAAGGAAUGACUCAUAAAUGUGGUCAUGGACAAUGUUCUAAUUGCUUAAACUAUGUGGAUCUGUAUAACCACCGAUGUUUUAUUAUGAGUGACAUCUACAAGGCAAAUAAACGUUAUGACAACAAACAAAAAGUAGAAGAAAAGAUUCUGGAAGCCAUCAAAGAAAUGACGACUGAAGACGGGGAAAAAGUGAAAGACGUUGCAAAAAACCCUAUUACGAGGAAAGAACAGGAAGAGGCCUAUCUAAAAGAACACCCACCAACACAACCAGUAGAUGAAAAAAGUAGACACGAAUCCAUCGAGAGAGUUAAGAAACAAUUACAAGAUUUGGGCGUGGAUGUGACAGAGAUUCCCGAGGAUCAAUUAGAAAAGUUCCAAGGGGAUCAUUACAUGCUGACAGAAGGGAAGAAAGACAAGCACAGAGAGUUAGUGUUUGCAGACAUCGAGUGCAGUAUUGACAACAACAGACAAUUUACCCCGAAUCUCAUCUGCUUUGAACGUGAAACGUCAGACAAGAAAUACCACUGUUGGGGUAGGACAUGUCUACGUGACUUUCAUAACAAGCUAAUGACUGCGCUACAAGAAAUAGAAAAAGAAAACAAUUUGCGAUGGAAUCAAGUAGAAAUGCAAGUAUACUUCCAUAAUUUCCGUGGAUUUGAUGGCAUGUUUAUCAUCAAACAGCUGUAUGACAUGAAUAUCAAGGUGUCUAAAGUUCUGAUGACUGGUCAGAAGAUUUUGUACUUUGAAUGUAGCAGACUGAAGUUUAAGGACUCUAUGUCUUUUCUAAAUAUGCCGUUGGAAAGUUUCACCAAGACGUUUGGUUUGACGGAACUGAAGAAGGGGUACUUUCCUCAUUCAUUUAACAAAAAAGAAAACCAGAAUUACGAGGGCCUGAUUCCUGACCUGAAGUAUUAUGAGACUAAUUGCAUGAACACUAAGAAAAAAGAAGCUGUAGAAAAAUGGCAUGGCCAAGAAGUAUUGAAAGGAGAAAGCUGGAACUUUAAAAAGGAAUUGUUGGAGUACUGUGAAAGUGAUGUCAAGUUAUUAAAGGAAGGUUGUCUAGCCUUUGCAGCUGAUUUUGAAAAAGAAUGCAAGUUUAAUCCAUUGAAAGAAAACAUUACCAUUGCCAGUGCCUGCCACAACUUUUGGCGGAAUAACCAAAUGAUUCCUUACUCCAUUGCUGUCGAACCACCCCAUGGAUGGAGUGGAAUAAAGCCAGCACAGAGCAAGAUUGGAUUUCAGUGGUUGCAUAUCCAAGAUCAAAAGCUGGGUGGCAACAGAAUCAAACAUGCAGCGAAUGGCGGGGAACAAACUCUCAUGAUAGAAUCGUGGGGAAAAGUACGUGUAGAUGGCUAUGAUCCCCUCAAGAAAACAGUCUACGAAUUUCAAGGCUGCGAGUUUCAUGGCUGUCCUAAAUGCAAGAAACAAAGACAUGUUAAAACUUGGCACCAUCCAGACCGUACGGUGGAUGAAAUGUUGGAAUUAACAAAAAAGAAGACAGACGUGUUACGGAAAGCAGGUUACACCGUAAAAGUGGAAUGGGAAUGUAACUUCAAACAAAAACUUGCAGCUGAUCCAGAGUUACAAGACAUGAUCAAAGAUUUGGAAUGGACGGCUCCUUUAAACCCAAAAGAAGCCUUGUUUGGUGGACGUACUGGAUUAAGUUGUUGUUAUCACAAAACAGUCCCUGACGAAAGAAUUGACUAUGUGGAUUACACAUCAUUGUACCCGUGGGUCAACAAAUAUGGAACGUAUCCCAUUGGACACCCGACCAUCAUGAAAAAUCCAUCUGAUCAGAACAUUGACAAUUACUUUGGUAUCGCUAAAGUAGAUGUGUUGGCUCCAGAGAAAUUGUUUCACCCCGUAUUGCCUAUGAAAAUUGGUGACAAAUGUAUGUUUACUCUGUGUGCUACCUGUGCCCAAGAACAGCUAGAAAAACCAUGGCAUGAAAGAAGUAAUCUUUGCAAACAUACAGACCAAGAACGUCAAAUGACGGGUACUUGGUGUACAGAGGAACUGAAAACAGCGGUUGAAAGGGGAUACGAAAUACUAAAAAUUCAUGAGGCGUGGCACUGGGGAGAGAACCAGAGAAAAAGAGGGUUAUUUGCACCCUACGUCAACAAGUUUUUGAAGGCCAAACAGGAAGCCAGUGGCUGGCCGUCAGACGUAGAAACAGACGAACAAAAAGCCAAGUACGUCAGUGAGUAUGAAAUGCAUGAAGGCAUUCAAUUGGAACAAGACAAGAUUGAGAUCAAUCCAGGCCGGAAAGCAGUGGCUAAAGUGAUGUUGAACAGCUUUUGGGGGAAAUUUGGAGAAGCUGACAACAAGCCAACUACCAGUACAUUGCAGAAAGUAGAAGAUUGGGAAAAACUAAUAAAUGAUGAUACGGUGAUUGUAAAAAGUGUCAAUGUUUACAGCGAAGAAGUGUUGGAGGUCACAACAGUCAAAAAAGAAGGCGCAUGUGCCCCGAAUGUGAAAGGCAAUAUUUUUAUCGCUUUGUUCACAACAGCUAUAGCACGCCUCAAGCUAUAUGAAGCUUUGGAUGAAUUGAAAGAAAGAGUCCUGUAUUAUGACACAGACUCUGUCAUCUACAAGAGCAAACCUGAAGAUGAGACAUUACCACUGGGUAAAUUUUUGGGGGAUUUUACAGAUGAGACCGGUGGAGACACCAUAGAAGAGUUCGGAUCAGCAGGCCCAAAAUCCUACAGUUACAAAACAAGCGGUGGAAAAACAGAAUGCAAAAGCAAGGGGUUAAAAAACACUCACGCUGUCAGAGAAGUGUUGAAUUGUGAGGCAAUGUUGAAGCACAUUCAGCUAGAACUGAAAGACCCAGAAGAACGCAAGCGUCAGUUAAAAACCACAAUUUUUAAUCAUUUUGUCAGGAAUAGUAAAGUCAAAAGCAUUUAUUUGGAGCAUAUGGUCAAGAUAUUCCAAGUCAAUUGGGACAAGCGUGUGGUAGAAAAGACCACAGGACUGACAUACCCCUAUGGUUAUGUGAGAUUGUAA